AUGAUUUCCACGUCACUUCAAUUUUUGUCCAUCGAAUGCUAUUGUUAUGGACUCAAUCAACUUGCUCGUCUCUUUCAAAAUACUCCUUGUCUUCGACAUCUUUGUAUAUUACUCGCGGAUAAUUCGGCUGAUCAACCACUAUCAUUUGCAAUUCCAUCAAUGAUCUCAUUAAAACUCUCUGUUUACGGGUCAUUAUCAACAAUGACAAAUCUUUUGAAAAAUAUGCCUAAUUUACGUAAGUUGAUAGUGAAAACUGAUGAUGUGAUUAUGAAUGGACAUCAAUGGGAGCGAAUUAUUGUCGAUUAUUUACCAAAGCUAAAAAUAUUUCAACUUAAAAUGAUAUUUCGUCUCAAUGAUAAUGAAAACAAGGAACAACGAGUUGAUGAACUACUCCAUUCAUUUCGAACUCGGUUUUGGCUCGACGAACGUCAAUGGUAUGUUCGAUGCGAUUGGGAUCGAUGUGAACAAUGCGAUAAAAACAAUAUUCAUCUCUACACACUGCCCUAUGCUUUUCAGUACUAUUAUUUUCAUGAUUCGAACGUCAAAACAAAAUCAACUUGUCGUCAAGAUGAUGAUUAUUCAUCCUAUGAUCAUGUUCGUACUCUUGGAUACGAGCUUAUUUCAGCUAGUGAUCGAGUACUGCCUCACUUUUGCUUCUCGUACCUAAACAACCUCGAUCUCCAUCUUCCUUUCGAUAACAAUUUGUUGCAUAUCAUUCCAAAAUUCGAUCAAUUAACUUCACUACAAGUAGCACCGUAUCAUGCUGAUCAUGAUUUAGAUCCCCAAUGUCAAUUGCAAGUUUUACUUGAUCGAGCACCUUGUCUCAACUCGUUGACAUUCAAGAAUUGGCCACCGUCGUCUAAACAGAUGCCACCCUAUAACUAUUUGAAUAAGUCGAUUCGUCAGCUUAAUUUACAAGAUGUUGAUCGAGAGUACAACAGUCAACAAUGUACUGUAUUGAGUUGUUCACCAUUGGGUAUUAAGUGUGAAGUAUUGUCAAUCGCAGUUGAGAAUCGCGAAAGUAUACUUGAUCUGAUCGAUACGAUGACCAAUCUUCGAGCUUUAAAUGUUAUAUGCCGAGAUGAUACAUGGAAAGAUGACGACAAUAGUCAAUUAUCGCCCGUUGAAGACGAACUUGUCGACUGGUUGAAACAACAUUUACCAUCUUCAUGCAUGAUCGCAAGAACCGAUGAUGGUGUCUAUAACAAUGGACUGAUUUGCUACAGAUCUAUUCGUCUGUGGAUCCGAUAAGUUAUGAAAUAAGAAAAAACGAUCAAUUGAACACAUGUUGCAUUGUUAUCUACGAGAUGAAUUUUUCGAUCAGACAGGAAAACAAAACGAAAACUGCUGAAAUCAUCGUUUUUUUUUUGCACAGAUAAAGUAUUGAUUGCUUUAUAUUUAUCAUUUCUAAAAGUUUAACACAAUAAAACAUAUUAUUGUUAGUUGUAACUCGGAUUGAGCGAGACACUGUCUCGUCUUUUCCAGCUAAUAUUGAGAAUAUUGAAAUUGUAAGCUAGACGAUAGAAUCAAAUGCCUGAAACGAUUCGUUUUUCUUAUCUGUGAUCGAUGAUCAGACAGAUAUCCACAUCCACACUCACACCCAGGCCUACCCGUAGACAAAAUUUCAGAUCGAAGUACCGUCAUUCGAUUUGUUAGUUUAUACCAUGCUAUAGGCUAAAAUUCGAGUAAAAUGGCUAUAAGUCUGGAGAAAAGGUCUAUGAGCUCUUAUCCUUUUGGAAUUCUUCAUACCUCGCUGGGAUCUACCUUAUGCACAGAGUUCAAACUCAAAAACGAUUAAUCACUUGGGGUAAUUCUCUUGUAAGUGUAAAUCGAAAUCAAGAAAAUGUCACUUUUUGUCCAUUUCAAUGCAAAAGUAAAUAUUGUUUACUUAUGUUAAUCUAAACAUAAAGCUAGUAUAAAAAAUGGUUCAACUUAAUAAUUUUAGUUGAUCAAUUGGCCGUUGAGUUGAUCGAUAAUGUACUCAUUUGAUGAGGAUUCCAUUGAAUUCAUCAUUGGGCUUGCGUUUUUCACCAUGCUACAAUCUUUUUUGGCAGAAUGUUGUGAAUUAAGAAACAUACUAAUGUACUCCUUAUAUCGUAGUUCAAUGUCAUCCAAAGUCAUUUCAUAAUCGUUGAGCGUGUAGAAAUUACGACCCUGCUUACCCUGAGGAUUAUCAUGUAGCCAAGCAAGCAUAGCCGUUUCAAACUCUUCUGACCAUGCAAGACCAAAGUGAUCGUAAAUACGAUGAACUGUAUCGAUCGGGUGGGCAAAUAAAUCCUCGUAUUGUACGUCAAAACAAGAAAUAUGUUGAUGAUUACGUCUAAAUUUUACAAGACGAUGAAUUGAAGUAUCCAUGAAAUGUAAUGUUCGUUUUACAGCUGUCUGAAUGUUGACUGCUGAAUCAGCCUUGUUCAAAUCGAAAUAGAUACUAGUGAAAGCAGUCAUUAGGCGACAGAACGAUGCUAGUACAUGAUCAAGUUGACGAUGGAUCAUGAUAAGCAUGG